GCAUUAAUUAUAACACAUUAAUUUAACAUAACACCCAUUUUCCGAAAAUAAAAAACAAUUUAUCCUCUCUGUUCAAUAACGAAAUCCCAACAAAAAUUCACACCUUUCCUUCUCCUCCAUCACUGUUUCUUCGCUUCCACUUCUUCCCAUACCAGAACACGAAAACACCCUCCCAACUACCAAACACUCCCUCAACCUCUCACCAUCCUUCAUCUUCAAUCCAUUUCCUUCUCACAUCAUACUUCUUUUUUCAAUAAAUGAAAUGGAGAAUCUCAAGAAAACAUCCUCAAAAAACAACAAAGGAUACUAUGUUAAAAUGAAACUCAUGCACAACAACAAACAUGGUUUUAGACCUCAACAAGAAAAAUACAACUCUUUCCAUAAAUACUUCAAAUGGAUUCUCUGGCUUUCUCUUUCUCUCUAUUUCUUCACUUCCUACCUCAUCAGCAACAACAACAACAAUCACCACCACCAUAACCAAAAACCAAUCCACAUCAUAAAAUCACUUUCUCAAUCUCAAUCCUUUUCCACCAACAAAACAACAUCAAAUAUAAAAAACCUGAAAAUAUUCAUCUACGAUCUUCCUCCGAAAUACAACACAGUUUGGCUUACAAACCAACGAUGCAAAACUCAUUUAUUUGCUUCAGAAGUUGCUAUCCAUAAAGCUUUAUUAACAAGCGAUUCUCGAACUUUUGACCCUUAUGACGCUGACUUUUUCUUCGUUCCCGUUUACGUUUCCUGCAACUUCAGCACCGUUAAUGGCUUCCCUGCCAUCGGUCACGCGCGUUCCUUAAUUUCUUCCGCAGUUCAUCUCAUCUCUUCUGAUUACCCGUUCUGGAACCGGAGCAGAGGCUCCGACCAUGUUUUCGUAGCUUCCCAUGAUUUCGGUUCUUGUUUCCAUACCCUGGAGGACGUUGCGAUUAAAGAUGGAGUGCCUGAAAUCAUGAAGAGAUCAAUUGUGUUACAAACGUUUGGAGUUACGUAUGAUCAUCCUUGUCAGAAGGUUGAACAUGUUGUGAUACCGCCGUUUGUUUCACCGGGAAGUAUAGUUAACACGUUGAAGAAUUUUCCGGUGAACGGACGGCGAGAUAUUUGGGUUUUCUUCCGUGGAAAAAUGGAGGUUCAUCCUAAGAACGUUAGUGGAAGAUUUUACAGCAAGAAAGUGAGGACGGUGAUAUGGAAAAAUUUCAACGGCGACCGGAGGUUUUAUCUUCAACGGCGGAGAUUUGCCGGUUAUCAGUCGGAGAUUGCUCGCUCGGUGUUUUGUUUGUGUCCUCUGGGGUGGGCCCCAUGGAGUCCAAGGUUGGUUGAGUCUGUUGCUUUGGGUUGUGUGCCGGUUAUUAUAGCGGAUGGAAUUCGGUUACCGUUUCCGGCAGCCGUGAAAUGGUCGGAGAUUUCAGUUACGGUGGCGGAGAGGGAUGUUUGGAGGCUAGCGGAGAUAUUGGAAAAUGUGGCAGCGAGUAAUUUAAGCUUGAUUCAGAGGAAGUUGUGGGACCCACGGACAAGGAAAGCACUGCUUUUUAAUAGUAGGGUCCAGGAAGGGGAUGCCACGUGGCAGGUGUUACAUUCUUUGAGUGAGAAGCUGGGUAGGUCUUAUAGGAGUUCGAGGGUUUUACGCCAAUUAGAUUUUGACACGUAAUGGGUUUGAAUAUUGGGAUUUUACACAUAGAUAGAUUCACACACAUUGGAAAAGAAUAAAUGUAAAUAAUAAAUAUAAAGAAGAAUUAAUGGAGUACAGCUGGAAAUGAAUGGGUGAUGAUGGGACCCAUUGAAGUAGAUUUGAGAGAUUUAAAGGUGACAUGGCCAUGGUAGCAUUGAUUCGUUGUCCGUGCGGUUUUGAAUAGUUUGAGAGAUACUAUUAUUAUGUAAAAUCAUUUUUGCUUGUAAAUAAAUUGUAUAUGAAUAUAAAAAAAAUAUGGGAGAUAACAAACAAUUUUCUAAAUGGUGUGUGUUGGUGUUUCUUAUACUAGUAGUACUAUUUUAUUGAGUUAGGAAUUGGUUAGCUUGGAACUGGGUAAAGGUUUUGAGUUGAGUGAAAAGGUAUUGGAAAAUGAGGAUAAAUGUGGGGAAAGGGUUGAUGAGAUAUUGGUGUUUGGUGUGUGAAAUGAUUAAUGAGAAUGGACAUGUAUGUGGAAAGUUUGUGUGUGUCAGGUACUUUAUUGCAGUAAUUUAAUUUUGAAUAGUAGGGAGUAGUAUUGAAAGCAAUGAAAGGUAAUGGGGGGUGUCAGUGAUCACGGGUAAGGUAUGGGGUGUCAAAAUCAAUGCAUGAAGAAUUCAACAUGGAACUUUUGGUGUAGUAUGUAUCAUGUGUUCUGUGUUCUCAUCUCUUGUUUGUUCUACAUCAGAUAAUUGUAGUGCUUUUGUACCAUGAAUUUUUUAAAGAACUAACAGGUUCAAAAUGUUAAGUAAAACUAGUAGGAAACCCGUGCUAUCGCACGGGUCUGGUCGGGAUGAUAUUACAUGAAUCAGUCUAUCACCUGUAAUGUUCUCUUAUAUAAAUUAACGACAUAUAUUUAGCCUAA